CCAGAGUAGAAUCUCCAUCCUCGAUUUCUCUCUCUCUCUCUCUCUCUCUCUCUCUCUCUCUCUCUCUCUCUAUGCAGGCUUGUGGCGACGAUGAUCUCUAUCACUUCCACCGAAUUGAACUACAUAGUCUUCCGUUAUCUUCAUGAAUCAGGGUUUACGCAUUCAGCUUUUGCAUUAGGAUAUGAGGCAGGGAUCAACAAAAGCACAAUUGACGGAAAUUUAGUUCCACCUGGUGCUCUUGUUACAUUUGUGCAAAAAGGAAUUCAGUAUCUUGAGCUGGAAGCAAACUUGAGCUGCAGUGAUGCAGACAUAGAUGGUGAUUUCUCAUUCAUCCAACCUUUGGAUCUCAUAACAAAGGAUGUCUAUGAACUACAGAAAAUCAUAAAAGAGAAAAAAGAAAGUCUUCAACAGGAUAGACACAGAGAAAAGGAGAAAGAUAAGAAUGAAUUUGAUCAGGAACAGGAACGAGAACAUGCACGAGAAAGAGAGAAGGAAAAACAACAAAAGGAGAAAGAAAGAGAACGGGAUAGAGAGAAGAUAGAGAAGGAUAAAGAGCGCGAAAAGGAUAAAGACGAGGAAAAGCGAACUGAGGAUUCUGUUGAUAUCAAACCAGGUGGAGAUAAGGUCAGCACCAAACAUGAAGAAAAUGGAAAUGGUGGAGGACCAGAACCAAUGGACAUAUGCACAAGCUCAACGUCUUUGCCUUCUGAAAUUCCUAGCUGUGAUGUGACAGUUCUGGAAGGCCAUACCUCUGAGGUUUUUGCAUGUGCAUGGAGUCCAGCUGGUUCACUUCUUGCCUCAGGUUCUGGAGAUUCAACCGCAAGAAUUUGGACAGUUGGAGAUGGACCUUGUAGUUCCAGUAUGCCAAAUGGGCCUCUAAAUGUUGUUGUCUUGAAACAUUACAAAGGUAGAAUCAAUGAGAAAAGCAAGGAUGUCACAACGCUUGAUUGGAAUGCAGAGGGGACGCUACUUGCGACAGGUUCUUAUGAUGGCCAGGCAAGAAUAUGGAAUAGAGAUGGAGAGUUGAUGACUACCUUAAAUAAACAUAAAGGGCCAAUAUUUUCUUUGAAGUGGAACAAGAAGGGUGACUAUAUUGUUAGUGGGAGUGUGGAUAAAACUGCCAUUGUGUGGGACAUAAAGACGGGGGAAUGGAAACAACAAUUUGAAUUUCAUUCAGCUCCUACCCUUGAUGUUGAUUGGCGAAACAAUGUUUCAUUUGCGACAUGCUCCACCGACCACAUGAUAUAUGUUUGUAAAGUUGGAGAGAAUCGACCAAUCAAAACUUUCUCAGGGCAUCAGGGUGAAGUUAAUGCUAUCAAAUGGGAUCCUACAGGUUCAUUGUUGGCUUCCUGCUCUGAUGAUUCUACUGCAAAGAUAUGGAGCAUGAAACAAGACACAUAUUUGCAUGAUUUGAAGGAACACACCAAGGAGAUAUACACCAUCAGAUGGAGUCCUACAGGGCCUGGAACAAACAACCCCAAUCAGCAAUUAGUACUGGCAAGUGCUUCCUUUGACUCGACGAUAAAGCUAUGGGAUGUCGAAUUAGGGAGCCUUGUCUACAGCUUGAACGGCCACAGGGACCCCGUGUACUCUGUUGCAUUUAGCCCAAACGGAGAGUAUUUGGCUAGUGGAUCGUUAGAUAGAUGUUUGAAUAUAUGGUCCGUGAAGGAAGGCAAGAUUGUAAAAACAUACACAGGGAAUGGCGGCAUUUUUGAAGUUUGUUGGAACAAGGAAGGUGACAAGAUUGCUGCUUGUUUUGCCAACAAUGUAGUCUGUGUUUUGGACUUCCGAAUGUAGAGUUCAUGAAUGGGGGAUCUAGAGUAGUCUCUGAAGCUAAGUAGUAUCUUCAGUGAAAUUGUUUCAUGUAUUUCAGUCAAGAGAGCAGUCUGGUUGUGUUUAUGACAGCAUCGAUGUGCCUGCCUGAAUUGGAAUUUUAUGCUAUUCUAUUUGUAUUAUGAAAAAUGCUUGGGAGCACUAAUUAGUGCUCCCACUAAUUAGGUGGCAGUAGGUCCCGCUAUUAAUGAUGUGAUGUUUUGGUC